GACGUGGAUUUCGCUCGUCUCUCUACAAAAUUGUUGCUCGCAUGAAAAUAGCUGACCGGCGGGUAGAGAAAAUGCUAAAUUAUUCUUAUAUAUAGUAUAAUAAUACACUAUAUGUUAUUUAAUGUGUUUUAUGUGUAAUUUUAUUCGAAUUUAAACGCAAUUAAAACGGGCAACAACACACUUAACCGGUUUUCAUACAAAUUUUCCCAAUGUUUUUACGUGAAGUGAAACGUUCGGUGACAAAUUUAUAAAACAAAUUGAUCUUAACAUUUAUUUCAUUUCUACUAAUACCGUGUGAUUUAUAUAUAUGUGAUGCAGUUUGCUUGGCAUGAAAUAUCAAUAAAUAAAUAGAUAAAAUCCCAAGCGCAGUGCGAAAGAGUAAACAACACCCAAUACUAGCAACAACAACAACAACAACAGCAACAAAAAGAAUAGUGUCAAAUAAUAAUAAAGCAAACGCAUAUUAUAACAAUAAUAAAAGCGCCAGCGAAUACGCCAACAAAGUAAACCCAGCCAACUAUGGUUUACUCCGUAAAGAAUAGCGAAACCGGCGAGUUUGAGUAUUUCUAUACCGAUUCCGCACGCGUCAAGCAGCCCAAAUACGAUGAAGAGACCGGCGAACCCGUCCACGAUCAGAUGAAAGUGCGCUAUCGCAAGCAUGGAAAUUUUCACGUACCAAAGCAAUAUUUGCGUGGCACCAUCUGUGACGAGGUGGACACAAUGCUGGCCAACAAACAUCACGGCGACUGGGACAUAACGGCCAAGCAUGUUAUUGGCAAUGGCGCCACAAAGAAUGUGGACAAGCUCAAGAAAAUAACGCCCGGCUAUGAGCGCGAGGACUAUAUCAAAAUGGAUGGCGUCAGUAGCAACAUCAUACUGGGCUAUGAGCGCAAUUCCUUCCUGCUCUUCCUAAUUCCCACAUUGUUCUGCUGGAACUUCUUCCUGUGGGCUCUGAUGUCCAUUCUGGAGAUUAGUCUGCACAUGCUGUCCCACUAUAAGAACUCCCUGACCAUGCAGAAGAACCUCUAUUUUCGCAGCCCUCUCCACGUGCUCUCCUCACAGUUUUGCGCCAUCUGUCGCAACGAGUCCGGCAGCAAAUACAAUCGCACCUUUGACAUUCUCAACGAACAGAUGCGCCUGGCGCAUCGAUCCGAUGCACUGAAGAACAUGGCCAAAGCCAUGGGCUGAGCUCCAGACACAACAAUUACGACAAUUACAAAAUCAGCUUUACACUUUAAUGGUAAUAAAAACGACUAUUGCUUCACGUACAACAAUAA